AUGCCGACUCUGACUCGCACGAAGAAGCCAAUAGUUCUCCUUCAACCUCCAACACAUACUGACGAUCAGAUUGAGGUCCUGCAAAUCCGCUUCACUGGAGAGAUAUUCACAGACUACGAUCAAUACUGGGAACGACUUCGACUCUACAAUCAACGCAUAUGGGAAUGCGCUGAAACUGGAAAAUCAAAACUGACUUACGAACAAGCUCUGAAUUCCGAACUGGAAGCUCGCAAGAUUCUAGAGGAUCGGCUGCCGGAUGUAUGGCGAAAGCCCUGUCUCGAGUUGAUUCAAUUCAACACAAGACGUCUAAACCAACUCGUCGACGAAAUCCACGAAUGGUUUAAAGAAAACGCCAUUGUCGGUGAACAAGUCACCAUCGAAAUCGAAUCUACUCAACAUGACGCUAAAAUCACGGAAGUAAUCCAAGCGCAUUCUCGUCCUGGUCCAAACCCAUACGCUGCUCCUCCCGUAAACCCAGAUGCCACAUGGCCUGAUGUUACUCUGUAUCGCGUGCAUCAGUGCGCGCUUGAUGGAACACUGCUGCCUCCCCAUACAAAUCCAAACCAGCCGACAGAGUACUGGGUUAGUCUGAAUGCGAUGAAGAGGAAUCGGGUCGCAUUGUCAAAGAAUAAUUUGAGAGAGUUUGUCAGGGAGAAUGCGAGUAAGGAUCCGUGGCAGGGGGCGCCGUGGUUGAUUAGGGCUGAUUUAGCAGGACGAUAUGGCAUAUCUACUACACCCCCAGUCAAUGUACAGGCCAACUUUGAAGUUCGUGAAGAGAAAGAGCUUAAAAUUGAUGAUCGCAAGAGGAAGAAGACUGAAGAUGGCGCACCAACGCAAAAACGUGCUGCAAAUCAUCUCAUGUCCACUCUCAAUCUGCCAGUGGAAGACUUGGAAUUGCUAUCUGUACCUCCACGUGCCAAUCAACCACCUAUACCACGACCAAUACCAACAUCUGACUUUGGUGCUGUGCCACAAGAACUGGUGCCCGACGUCCUAGUGAUAUGGACUUUUCUUGGAGUCUUUGGAAAAUCUUUGCAUCUAUCACCCUUCACAUUGGACGACUUUAUAUCUUCACUCUCAUAUCAAGGUCUACCAGCUUCAACCCUUCUAGUAGAAGUCUUUGGAAGUCUAUUACAUCUAGCAUGUCUAGAAUGGUCGCUCAAAGUUGAUGCAGCCAUUAGAGCAGCAGCAAACCAGCCUGCAACAUUUAUCGACCACCAAACCAUUCCGAUACCACCAGAACAACGUGUAGCCCUCCACGUCGACGAUAUCGAUAAACCCAUGCACGAAACCGCAAACACCUUAUACGCCAAACUGAUUGCCGAUGAACGAGCAUCACUAGAUCAAUGGUGGAAGUGGUAUCCCGGACGAUGGCAUUCAGGAAUGGAUGGACAUCGACCGUCGGUUGCUGCAUUGCUAGCUAAUACACGAGCUGAACGGUCGAUUCCAAACACGAAACGAUUACGUGCUUGGGAAGUUGUGUUGGCUGGUCUUGUACGUGACUGGAUUCCGGCUGAUUGUUUGGCUAAUAAAUGGACUGUGUUGUCGUUGUUGCUUGGUGGAGAACUUGAUGGGCGAGGAGGUGAGCCGCCAUCUGUACAUAGUGCUGCGUCAAGUGAAAUGGGAGAUGAGAGGACUGCGUCACCGUCUGUGAAUGGAACCAAUAAUAUCGAUGAUAAUGAUGAUUCUCUUGCUGGUGGUAGUGGGCACCUAGAUGUAGUGAAUGGUGGUGGCAGUGUUAGUAACAAUGGUAAUAGUACUAGUACCAAUAAUCGUAAACGAGCCGCUGAUACACCCGAUACUGCAUCCUAUCACGAAGACAUGGCAAACUAUGAAAACGGCAAUGGCAGUGAAGAUGAUUCGCGACCCAUCCAACGAAAAUCAUCUCGAACCAAGAAACCCAAAAUCGUCAAAGAUGAAUCCCCUGAUCCUGAUUCACCUAUCGUAUCAGCACUACCACAUCCAAUAACAUCAUUACGUGAACGCCCCAUACGAGCCACCCGAACUGCUACACCCGACAUGUUAUCUGCCACUACGCCGACCAACAAUACAUCCCAAACACCAACACCGCCUAUAAAGAAAAAGGCACCGCCACCAUCACGACGUUCUGCCGCCGCUGCUGCACAGCAGUCACAAACACUGGACAUAGAUCGAUUGUUGCAGGUUACCGAGUAUGGGUUUGUUGCAUUGACCGUUGCUGAAAAGGUCAAGAUCUUAAAGUUUCUGGCGGAUGAGUGCUGUAUGACUAGUAAUGUUAUACGGGAUGCAUUUGAGGCUUCGCUUGUGCGGAUUAGUGAGCUUAAGACUGAGAAGAGGGAUGUGAACAAUCUGAUUAAGGCUCUAGCACAGUCAAAACGAGACCUAAAGAAACAGAGAUCAGGUGCUGUGGCAGCCGCCAAAGCAGCCAAGCAAACUACUAGAAAAGGUGGGGCUGCUGCAGCAACACCAUCUGCUCUCGCACCAGCUACACCUGCAUCAGCAAUAGCAGCCAUCAAGAUGGAAGAUGAUCCACCACUCAGUGAUCGAAUGACUGAUAAUUCGAGUGAUUUGAGUGAUCAUGCUGCAACCAGUUCUGGAGAAGAUAAUGGUGAUUCGGAUGGUGGGACUAGUAAUGCGACGGGGAGUGAUGAUAGGCCAUCUUCGAGGAAGAGGUCCAAAAAAACGAAAACCCGAGUCACUAAAAAGGGGAAAACUGGGAAACAACCUUCAUCGUCUACUCUAACUUCUGCAACAACCCGUAAUUCUUCUUCAACACCACAACCAACAGCACCACCAGGACCCCUAUCAUCAGGCGACGUAAUCCAAAAUAUUGCCCAAGAACGACUCCGAAUCGAAGAAGAAGAAUUAAAACUAGCCAAACGCCAACUAUUCCUCGAUCAAGAAAUUCGUCGUCUCGAAGGUGUAUCCCGCAUUCGCCCACUCGGACGCGACCGACACUACAACCGCUACUGGUGGUAUGACGAAUACGUCGGCGCAUACCCACCGGGCUCUGAACUACCUGACGCCCCACCUGUACCAAAGGGCCACAAGGCACGUCCUGCUGUGCCGAUUGUCUUGGAGUGGGCUGCUGGACGCGUCUUUGUUGAAGAAUUUGGAGUCGGUGUUGGUGCACAUAGUGUAAAUAGUGUUACCGAUGUGGAACGGGAUGCUGCUGGGGUUGGCAUUGCGUAUGGGAGGGGCAAGGCUGUGAGGUGGGGGUGUUAUCAGACUGUUGAGGAGGUUGAUUUGCUGAUGAAGUGGUUGAAUGCGAGGGGGGUGAGAGAGUCGGCGCUUUUGAAUGGGAUUGCGAGGGUGCAGCCGCUUAUAUUGGGGAGUGUGGGGAAGCGUGUUGAGGACUUGACUGCUACAAAUGAAGAUAUAGAAGAAGAAGGCAAGACCGAUGUAGAUGAAGAAAUGGGUCAGGAAUCCAAUACUGCUGCUUCUCCUGCUGCUCCUAAGAGACAAAAACAAAUGAAUCCUAGUAGUAGUACUACGAUACCGUCACAAUCAUCGAGAUUCAUGGCUCCAUUCACAAGUGAUGAUCAUUUGGAGUAUUUGAAUAAGGAGGCUAGAUUGGUUGGAUGA